GCCUCGGCCCCUGGCCCCUGGGCUGGGUGCAGCUGCUGCUUGUCCUCUACCUAGCGCCCUGGGCUUUCGCUCCUGCUUCUUUCCCCGGCCCUUGCGCCCCCUUCUCCGGCUGGUUGGGGGCGGCCGCACCUCCGCGGCGUUGCGCCGUGGGGAGAGGAGAGACCGGCGCGGAGCCCUGGAGAGGCUGCAAGCCACCUUCCUGCUGCAGUCCGCGGCUCCGGUGUGACCACCUUCUCUGAAACUUUGCCCUUGUGGCUCGGGGCUUUGUCUGCCUUGAGAAAGCUGCACGGCCGUUCGGCAGCCCCCGUCCCGGGCCGGGACCCCGCGCGCUGGAAGCCAUGGAGUUCACGGCAUCGCCCAAGCCCCAGCUCUCCUCCCGGGCCAACGCCUUCUCCAUCGCCGCGCUCAUGUCGAGCGGCGGCUCCAAGGAGAAGGAGGCGGCGGAAAACACCAUCAAACCCCUGGAACAAUUUGUGGAGAAGUCCUCCUGCGCCCAGCCGCUGGGUGAGCUGACUAGCCUGGAUGCGCACGCCGAGUUUGGUGGAAGUGGCGGCGCCAGCCCGGCCGCCUCUUCUCUUUGCACCGAGCCGCUCAUUCCCACCACGCCCAUCAUCCCCAGCGAGGAGAUGGCCAAAAUCGCCUGUAGCCUGGAGACCAAAGAACUCUGGGAUAAAUUCCACGAGCUGGGCACCGAGAUGAUCAUCACCAAGUCGGGCAGGAGGAUGUUUCCCACCAUCCGGGUGUCCUUCUCAGGUGUGGAUCCCGAGGCCAAGUACAUAGUCUUGAUGGACAUCGUCCCUGUGGACAACAAGAGGUACCGCUACGCCUACCACCGCUCCUCCUGGCUGGUGGCCGGCAAAGCCGACCCUCCCCUGCCGGCCAGGCUCUAUGUGCACCCAGACUCUCCUUUCACCGGGGAGCAGCUUCUCAAACAGAUGGUGUCUUUUGAGAAGGUAAAACUCACCAACAACGAGCUGGAUCAACACGGCCACAUAAUUUUGAAUUCCAUGCACAAGUACCAGCCCCGGGUGCACAUCAUUAAGAAGAAAGACCACACGGCCUCAUUGCUCAACCUGAAGUCUGAAGAGUUCAGGACCUUCAUCUUUCCAGAGACAGUUUUCACGGCGGUCACUGCCUACCAGAACCAGCUGAUAACCAAGCUGAAAAUAGACAGCAACCCUUUUGCCAAAGGCUUCCGGGACUCCUCCAGGCUCACCGACAUUGAGAGGGAGAGUGUGGAGAGCCUGAUCCAGAAGCAUUCCUAUGCCCGCUCACCCAUCCGCACCUACGGGGGAGAAGAGGACGUCCUGGGGGAUGAGAGCCAGACAACCCCGAAUCGAGGGUCAGCCUUCACAACAUCUGAUAAUUUGUCUCUCAGUUCCUGGGUAUCAUCUUCUUCCAGUUUCCCUGGAUUUCAGCACCCACAGUCCCUGACUGCACUUGGCACCAGUACAGCAUCCAUAGCAACACCCAUUCCUCACCCCAUCCAGGGCUCUCUGCCACCCUAUAGUCGCCUGGGGAUGCCUCUGACCCCCUCGGCCAUUGCCACUUCCAUGCAGGGGAGUGGCCCCACGUUCCCUUCCUUCCACAUGCCAAGAUACCAUCAUUACUUCCAGCAAGGGCCCUAUGCUGCCAUCCAGGGACUGCGUCAUUCCUCUGCUGUAAUGACGCCCUUUGUAUGACUCUUCUGAAAGUGGGAGACUGCAAAUCCAGACGUACACAUGGGUAUGGAAUUCUAGGGCAGGGUUGGUAAGAGGUGGGAUAUUGGAGCAGGGACUCUCCAGAAAACCUGGGACCUAUUAAAGAGGAGAGCUGGACUCGACACCUCCUGCUAAGGACAUGCACCAUGGACCAGGGUUCAUAUGUAGUUAGCGGACAGUUUGUUGGGUUUGGGAGAGAGUCAUGUAGAGUUCUUAGCCAGGCUAAGUCCUGCAAUGAACAGGAUAUCAGUUUAUCCUGGAGUUUUUAAUCAUCUAUGGCAGAUGACUCUUAAGGGGCAUGGUUCCUCAUGGUGGACAGUGUUGUGUCAAUGCAGUAAUGUAUAAAAUCAAUGUAUAAAAUC